CGUCCAAUGUGUCAGCUGCAGGCUCUGUCCUUCACUCUGCAGCUCCAGGACGGUGCAGCCUGCAGGUCUCACCAUGGGCCCCCAUCCCACUUCCCUCCUGGUCCUCGUGCUCUGCCUGGGCCAGACCAUCCACAUGGAGAACAGACCCCCAAUACUAGAAAUGGGAACAGGAUGCAAGGAAGGUAGAGAAUGCAGUGGGAACACAGGGGUCCUGCCCAAACCCUUCAUCAGGGCCGAGCCAGGACCUGUGAUCAUCUGGGGACAGCCUGUGACCAUCGUGUGCAGGGGCCCAGCCUGGGCUGACACAUUCCGUCUGGAGGAGCAGAAUGGAAGAUCUGUCUACAAGGAUCAGACAACCAUGUCUCAGCGUGGUUCACACUGGACAGAGGCCACAUUCCACAUUGACAUGGGGAAUGAAUUCACUGCUGGGAGGUAUUUCUGCCACUACUUGAAAGGGUCCAAAUGGUCUGAGCACAGUGAGAUCCUGGAGCUGAAGGUGACAGGAGCCCCCAGAGUCAUCAGCUCCACUCCAACCACACUCACAAAGCCCCCCUCCACAGCUGAACUGACAUACAGUAUUUCCAUCCUCAAAGAAAGUUUCACCAGCAGAGCGACACUGGAGAGAACAGGUCACAUGCAGACAAAUUCCCUGGACACUAAGACGAGCAUUCUGUCACCAGAGCAUCUUUAUAUUCUUGUUGGGAUCUGUGUGGCCUCUCUGCUUUGUCUCCUCCUCCUGGCCCUCCUCUUAGUCCACCAUCAUCGUCAGAAAAAACGUGGGCUCCCCAGCAGCAAGGAUGAGGAACCAAGGCCCCAGGAGAGGCUCAGCCCAACAGAUGACCUCAAAGAGAGCUCAGCAGAUGUGGCCACCAUAGUGGAUGCACUUCCUGAGGAAAAUGGAGACAUGCACAGCCCAAGCCCUGCUGCAGGAGACCCCGAGGAGGUGACAUAUGCCCAGCUGGACCAGCAGGCCCUCACAUGGAGAGCAGCUCGCACCGAGUCCCCACAGCCCAUGGAACCCACAGCUGAGUCCAGCAUGUAUGCAGCCUUCCCCAGACACUGACUUCAGGACCACCUAGCCUCUGCACCUCGAGACACAGGACACCACUCUUGCAGAGGCUUGUAGCAGCCACUUGGAGGACUUCCCUGUUAAACCAUCUCCUUCCUGAAAGUCAUCAACACAUUUUUGCUGGAGGCAAGACCUGGACUUCGGGGACCCCUACUGAACAUGCAGGAGGUUCACUAACCAGGUGGCUCCUCCUACAACCCACCAGAUUGGAGAAGCACAGUUGUAAUACUUGUUUCCAGAGACCCAGCUACUGGCAUCUGGCUGUUUCCAGAGACCCAACUAAUGUUGUCAGGCAGUUUCCAGAUACCCAUCUAAUGUCCAGCAGUUUUCAGAUACCCAUCUAACGUCCAGCAGUUUCCAGAGAUGCAGCUAAUGUUGCCCAGCUGUUUUCAGCAGACCCCGCUUGCUGGUCAAACUGGCUGCCCCAUCAGGUUACAAGGAGUCUUUACCCUGAGAACCUCUAGGGGGUGCAAGUGUCUCCUUCAGA